CGGGAGAUAAUUACUCAUCAUGUGACUACAAAAAUUGAUCACGUGAUUUAUGUUUUACAAGCAGCUGGUAAACAGCUGAUUGAAACAAAUGGAAAUUUUCACUUAAUAUUGACAGGUUUUGUGUUUGAAAAGUGAUUUAUUUCUUAUGGAAGGUGUCGGAUGCUAUCAGCUGAACGACUUACAGUGAUGUAACAACUGCAGUUUAGAUACGGACAGGUACACGAAUAGUUGGGACAGAUUAGAAGAGAGACGCUGGGUUACGAGAACUUGCGUGACAUUGCAAGAUUUCAGUUUUCUUAACCUUAGUAUAAUAAAAGCACUCGAAGCGUCGGAGAUUUAUAAGUGUAUUUGUUUAUGGAUGGGCAAUCGACGAUAUCGCUUGAAGCCCGAGGGUCGUAUAUUUCUUCGAAGCAUACAAAAGUAAACACAGAAAUAUAUAUGAUAAACAAUAAAAUACAUUUACACUGAAAACUGUGUUCUAAGCGUGUCUGACAAGCAAAGUACUUCAUUUUAUUGGGAAAAAGAGACCAUACUGGAUAUACUGAAGGAGCUUAAUGAUUCAUAAAGCAAAGUUUUUACUGAAGCGCAGACGACACCAAGAUACAAAUAAGUGUAACAGGAAAGGAAAUAAGUGUUCCUGGACUUUUACGAUGAAACAGUUUAAUAUCGUAUGAAGGAAAGUUCUCAACAAAACAUGGGAGGCGGAAGGGAGAAGGAUGCUAAAGGGAAGGAGACGCAAAAUGACGACAACUCACGGAAGUCGCCGAAGACAAGCGAAAAUGGACGGAAACCAAUGUCAAAAGAUAACACACCGAUUCCACCACCAGACGGUGGAUGGGGAUGGAUGGUCGUUCUUGCGUCGUUCUUAAUUCACGUGAUUGCAGAUGGUAUUGUAUAUUCGUUUGGAAUAUUCUACAUGGAGUUCCUGGAAUAUUUCAAAGGUGGAAAAGGCGAGACAGCUUGGGUUGGGUCACUGGUGCCUGGCGUUACGUUAAGCGUUGGUCCUCUUGCGAGUAUACUAACCAACAAGUAUGGAUGUCGGGUGACCACUAUAGCCGGCGCCAUUAUUGCUGCUGCGGGCUUUGUGCUAAGCCUUUUUGCUCCGAACCUGUACUUCCUGUAUUUCAGUUUUGGCAUCAUGUCAGGUUUAGGAUUUGGUCUCAUAUAUUUACCAGCUAUUGUCAGUGUCGGCUACUAUUUUGAAGAAAAGCGUGCCUUUGCCACUGGCCUAGCUGUGUGCGGCAGCGGCCUUGGUGCCUUUAUUUUCAAUCCUUUCUCAAAAUACUUGAUUGAUGAAUUCGGUUGGAGAGGUGCAAUAUUAAUUGAGGCAGGAAUAAUUUUAAAUUGUGUGCUUUGCGGUGCAAUGUUUAGACCAUUAGAAAAGCCCAAGGGCUAUAAAAGUGACACGGACCAAACGAUAAAAGCCCCGUUAAAAGAUUCAAAACUUGUGAAAGAUAGUAUUGAACUUGAACUGUUCGUCAGCAAUGGCAACACAGUAUCUUCUCGGCCGUCGUCUCCAAUACGUGAUUUUACUCCACUGACUUUAGAGCCACCACAAAAGGGGACUUCUUUGUUCCGUAGCGAUGGUGCCUUACACCGUAAUACGCACAAACCGACGACACCAUCACCUCUUACGAAGGACCAAUCAGAAGACACUACGCUUGUGAGGCCUCAAUUUAAACGACUACUUUCAGAAGAACAUCAUUAUCGUCACCGUCACCACAAUCAGCAGGCGUCAUUCCAUUCUCACAGAAACCUGAUGCUAGGAGGCAUUUACCAGAGUGGAAGUCUGAUGAACAUAUCCAUGCAGCGGUCACACCCUGCCCUGUACAUAGCUAGUCUUACAUCAAUUCCGGGGGAACAAACAGACCUUACCAAGAGACUGUGUUGCUGUAACAUACCUGCUGAUAUGUACUAUUCAUUGAAAAAUAUGUGCGAUCUUUCAUUGCUGAAAGAUUUGAUUUUUCUAAUGUUUGUCAUUUCAAACUUCUGUACAAGCAUAGGCUUCAAUAUGCCUUUCAUAUUCUUGACUGACCGUGCGGUAGAUGAGGGUAUCAGUGAGGAGAGUGCAAAGUGGUUGGUGUCAGCUAUUGGGAUCUCAAACACCGUUGGCAGAGUUCUGUUCGGGUUUCUUGCGGAUCGGCAAGGUGUAAAUCGACUAAUGCUCUACAAUACUGCUUUGACAAUCUGCGGCGUCGCCACGGCGUUAUGUCCCCUGGCUUACACGUACUCAUUGCUGGUAGUGUAUGCUUGUGUGUUUGGGCUUUUUAUUGGUGUCUAUGUUUCACUGACCUCAGUUGUACUGGUUGACCUUUUGGGGUUGGAGAUGUUAACCAAUUCAUUCGGAUUGCUUCUCAUGUUCCAAGGAAUUUCCACAUUGGUUGGACCACCAAUAGCAGGCUGGCUUUAUGACGGGACUGGGAGUUACGACGUGUCUUUCAUAGUUGCUGGCGUUAUUGUAGCUGUAAGCGGGGUUAUGCUAUACUUCAUUCCACUAGUGCGGCGAUGCCUGGAUAAAGAGGACGUGGAAACUGGGGACGAUAGCGAACAGAAAGAACUUACGGCAUGAAACUCACUUACAUAGCGUAAAGAAACCUAUAUGAGUGCAAGAGUGUUACUUAUCAAAGAAAACUAACCGAUAAUUGAUGCGAUUUACAUAGCGUGUGUGAAUCGGUAAAAUGAUAAUGAACAAAUGAAACGUAUAUCAUGUAAUUAUCAUAAACGUAACCUUUCUUGACGUAACUGUACGGUUACUAUAUUAUGAAGAAAGUGAAUAAACAUAUCGGCAUAAAAUAUGAUUCACGUUUCACACUGUUUCCUAACGAAUCGAAUGAUGAUAGAAUAAGGGGAAAUUGUGCUGUAGACUUUCGUAACACUAAUCACAGGGCGGUAGUGAACAGAAAGAACUUGUGUUUACGUUACGUACCGUAUAGUUUCGCUUUGAGUUAGAAGCAGCAUGCUAUACAGCGUUACAUUGAAAAACGCAUUUAGUUUUAAGAAUAGACUUUAUCAAAAUUUAAACAAAGAAAAAUACACAUAUUUUGUAGUUGCAGAAUAAAAGCAAUCAUGAAUGCAACAACGAAAACUUUAAGCAGUAUUGUGAUAGAAGGUCACAGGUGUUGUAUACUCGAAAAGUGGAAGUAUGGCUCACUUUUAAAAGCAAAUACUUUGUUUAGAAGCUCUGUUUCAUGAGGACAAAGCUGAACAAUACUUUAUAGUGAAAGUCUAAUCGAAUGGCAUUGAUAUAACAGAAUCAUCUGAGAAUUCCAACAUUAUUGAUGUCAUACUUACUAUAGUAGCCUUUAAUCUACCAUGAGGAAUGUCUAUUAGCGCAAUGUAAUGUUUUUCAUAUGGUGUUUAUCUUUUAUUUCUCUUAAAUGUCUUCAGUAUAGUUCCUUCUAUAUAUUGUACAUGAUUCCCUUAAGCCUUUGUCAUGUAAAACACAGUUCAAUGUAUUGCAUAGUAUACAGUUGUAUAGUACAAAGAUUUCUUGAAACUUUUGCUAGGUAAUGUACAUUUUCAAAGGUUAUAUUAACGAGUUGAAUAGUAUGAAAUUUCGUUAAGCUUUUGACAGUAAAGCCAAGCUCGAGAAAUUUAUUUAUUUUGUAAAAUGAGUCAUAUUUAAGACUUUGUCUUGUAAUGCAUAGUUCAAAGUAUAAAUAAUCUAGUUCCGUAGCGAAUACAUGCCGCAAAGUGCAUAAUUCGACGAUUUCUUUCCAUCGUGACUUUAAGCACAUCUCGUGUAUAAUUAAGGUUAUUUACAAACUUCAUCAUUAUAAAGAUUCCUGUAAACCUCCGUCACACUAAGCGCAUUUCAAAGUAUUUUUUAAAACAAAUUGAUAGUUUAAAUGUAUUUUUAAUACUUUGUCGCGUAAAACACAGGUCAAAGUAGUUAUAACCAAGUUACUUAAUAUAAAGCUUUCACGUAGAGCGCAGCUCAAGGUAUAUUUAACGAAACUGUAAAGUGGGAAGAUUCCUUUAAACAAGCACACUUUAUUAUUUUUUUAUAAACAAGUUGCGUUGGAUGAGGAAACGUUUUUCUUCAAGAUAAGCAGAUUUCAAGGUAUUUAUGAACACGCUGCACAGCAUACUGUCACAUUCAGUAUUGCAAGUAUAAAGAUGUAAGUUAGCAGAUCUCAGUUUAAAGUUUCUGUGUUUAUUGAUAUAAGUUUUUGUUACUUUUGUUUUAGUUGAGUCGGACUCAAUAGUGUGAUAAUCAUUACACGGGCAUUUUUUUCUCUCGCCAGAAUUCAAGUUUUACAAAUCAAGUAUUUUUAGUUUGUCAGCAUACCUCUACUCUGCCAAUGGUCUAUGUGAGUUAUGACGGUCCUAUGGUAGAGACUGUCUCAUACGUUUAAACAAUCAAAUUAGCUCAGGUAGUCCCUUCUUCUUGAAAGUGUUUUAAAAAGAUAUUGCAUGGAGUGCAAUAUGAUUUCUGUGUUCAGUGAACCAUUUACAUUCGUUUUUAUUGCUUUUUAACAAAACAAUAGCAUUGCAGACAUCAGAUACAUCAGUUAGUUAGUGAACAGUUUCAUCUGCCGUUUCCAUAACACUUUUUUCAUUGGUUUCUCUUUCGAUGUAUGACAAUACAUCAUUAUAACGAAAUCUAUGGACGGUAAAAGGAACAUUUUAAAUUUUUAAAUGUCUUUUAUCGUGUCUUCCAUAGUAACUUUCAGCCAUUUAAGACAGUAAAAACUUUUAAAGUUUGUGUUUUGUGUUUAUUCUUUUUACGAGUUGUUUAAAAAACUUUGAUAUAUCUUAGUUAGAAAAGUAGUUUCAUGUAAAAUCAUUCAGAAUUGUAUUUUUGUUACAAAAGUUUUCAAUACAAGGAAAAUACAUUUUCGACUAGUUUACUUUGUUAAAGCCAUGAUACAAUUCCACGUCUGAUCCUCUUUUAGCGAUGCAUUAAAAAGUCGCAAUUUACGAAAAACUGUAGGCCAUUUUUAUACGGAAAUUCAUACAGAGACCACGCUUUCCAAGGGAGUAACUAUCAGUCGAAUUUUUAUGUUAAAGUGCCUUUCAGUGGUAAUGACGAAGAACAGUUCGGCAUAGGAGAAAAUAUUUUCGAAAGCGCUAUUUCCAGUUUAAUAGACGCGCUUUUUACUUGACCAGCAUUUUAAGCUUUCAUUUUCAGAACCACAGAACUUUACAAUUCCUAUUCAUGCAGAAGAUAUUAUGUUUCUAGAAUGGGACCAAAGCUGAACUUUCCGCAUGGAAAAAUAUAUAGAUCUACCCUGAUUCAUAAGAUAUUAUAGUUUAAUCGGGAACAGUUCCUGACAGUAAUGUUUUUAUUUAUAUAUUUGAUGAUACAGGCAGCAAUGGUUAGUCGCCACUCCUGCUGAACUUUGCAUAUAACGGACAUUUUGCGUAUUCUUGUGUACAUGCCUUGUAAUCUAGACAAUUUUUGAUGUAUAGAUCUAUGUUACCAAUGUAUUUGCUUGUUUUAUGUAGUAGCAAAAAUGUAUUUCUUCCAAUGUAUGAGCAUAUUGUUUAUAUAACAAGGUUCCAUGCUAAAUUUGUUAUUGUAUUUUGUGAUAGUUAUUGAUUGAGAAAAAACGUAUAUAGAAGUGUAUCCAUAGUAAUAUAACAUCAGUUAAAAAUAGAAGAUUUUAGAUCAAAUGAGUUUAAAGUGUUAAAUUUUACCGAAAGAUAUUUAUACUUCAUGUUCAUGUCUAACACGAACAAUAAAGUUUUAUAUACCAAA